AAUGGUUAACGAGCAUAAAAGCCAGCUGUCUUCCUCUCAGAUAUUCGAACCUGUCCGACAGAUCUCAUAUCCGUACAACUAAUGCGUUUCAUCUUCCUCGCUACCGUAGCUGCGUUGACAGCAUCCAUGCCUAUCAGUGCCAUACCAGCUGUUUUCAGCGGGGACUCGCAAUGCAUUAAGUCGGGCCAAACUUGUGAUCUUGCCUUCGACUUCAACGAUUGCUGCCAUGGUUAUUAUUGUUACGUGCCGUCCGCCGAUAUUGUACUGGGUGUUUGCCAAUCAACCACCACAUAAGGACCUUCAAAAUAUACCAAGAAGCUCACACGUCACGAGAUUAAGUUUGCCCUUGGACAAAUGUCACUGCCGCUGGAGAGAUGGGAAUUUUUGAAUAGAACAUCUUUCGAAAGACUCGGUAUGAUAUUGACAGGAAAACAUGACAUAAGUGAGCGAAGU